GGUUUCUGGACAAGGCUGUUUGAGCGACAACGUUGACUUACGGGACAGGCUUGUCCAGUUUGAAACGGGGUAUAAAUAAGUAGUGGGAGCGGAUACUAGGCGCACAAUACACACGUCUGUGUUUCUGGAGGCGACACAUGUAGCGAGAGCGGUCGUGGAAAAUAAUAGUAAGGAUGGCAGACAUUCGCAAAAAACUUGUGGUGGUGGGGGACGGCGCGUGUGGCAAGACGUGUCUGCUGAUUGUCUUCAGCAAAGACGAGUUCCCCGAGGUGUAUGUCCCCACUGUGUUUGAGACAUAUGUGGCGGACAUAGAGGCGGACAACAAGCAAGUGCAGCUGGCUCUGUGGGACACAGCCGGGCAGGAAGACUACGACCGCCUGCGCCCUCUCUCCUACCCGGACACGGAUGUCAUUCUCAUGUGCUUCUCCGUGGACAGCCCGGAUUCUUUGGAAAACAUCCCCGAAAAGUGGGUGCCCGAGGUCAAACACUUUUGUCCCAACGUGCCGAUUAUACUAGUGGCCAACAAGAAGGAUCUGCGCAACGACGAGGGCGUAAAGAACGAUCUGUCCAGGCUGAAGCUGGAGCCUCUGAAACCGGAGGACGGCCGCGCCAUGGCCAUGCGCAUUGGCGCAUAUGACUAUUUGGAAUGUUCAGCCAAAACCAAGGAGGGGAUCUGGGAAGUGUUCGAGAGCGCAACGCGGGCGGCCCUGCAGAAGCGGAACACGCCGCCCGGCGGUUGUCUCAAGUGCUGUGUUUUGAUGUGAGUCCACGGUUGCGUGGAGGAGAAAACACGAGGCGCGGACACGGUCAGACGCGGCCGGACGUGUCUGGACAUCGUCGAGGGCAGGGACCGUGGGUCUGGGUACUUCCCCUCGGCUCAACCUAAACGAGUGACUGUUGCUGUGAACACGCUGGGCUGUGAGAUUUGCACUGGUUUCAGUCUGUUCUGUGUGGGGGUCACAUGAUCCAGUCUGACUGUUUGGGGGGGGUGAAAGGACAAACCACAGGCGUUUCAGUCUGGACGCUGUUAACUAUAGAUUUUUAAAGGUCCACUGUGUAUUUGAGUUUAUUUGAGUUUACUACCAUUAUGUGUUUGGUUUUCAGAACAAUACUUUUGUAUGUACUUUUCACAAGGGUUGAGCCGGACUUUGUUUUGUUUUUAAAACAGACACUUGUUGAACAGUGAAACAUUUCACACAUUUGAGAUGUUAUACCUCACAGUGUUGACAUUAUAUUGAUAUAUAUAUAUAUAAUGGAACUGUUUGAAGAAAGGUAUUGUUAUUGAUACGAGUGUCCAGCCUUGAGAAGGGCCUUGCUUUACAGAGGCAGCCAUCUUUCGCGGCCACGUUUCUACAGCAGUUUUAAUUGGACAAACCAUCCAAAGUGUGUAUUUCACGUUGUGAAGCGGACCCUUGUUACACAAAUGCAGAUAAACGGCGUCAUUUGUGGCACAUGAAGGCCACCAUAGUUGCCUGCAAGGGGUGUGUGUGUG